AUGAUAAGGAUGCUUUAACCAUAGAGUUAGGAGAUGCUGAACAAACUAGAGAUGACCUGGUAGUCUGUGUGGUUGACUUAAAGGAAACUAUAGAUAAUCUGGAAAAUGAAAAAGAUGUUCUAACUAAGAAAAUUUCUAGUGUAGAACAUGAAAGAGACGAUCUGAUGGUUGUAGUUGUUGACUUAAAAGAAACCAUUGAAAAUUUCAGUAAAGAAAAGAAUGACUUAGUGGAGAAAGUUGAUGCAUUGGAACAAGAAAGAGAUAACCUCUUAGUUGUGAUUAUAGACUUGAGGAAAACAAUAGAGGAACUCAAAGUAGAAUGUAGACAGCUUCAAGCAGCAUUGGAAAGAGUAAAAAAUGAUCUUGAGAAGUCACUUAAGUGGACCUAG